AUGUCCGACGACGAUCAGACCCGCCACGGUAUGGCUAUUGAUCCGGAAGUUGCGAGCGCAAAUGAUGAUUCUAUAUCUGAUGUAGAAAGCAUCGGCUCUUCAACAGCGUCUGUAGCAUCGAGCAUAUACGAAUACCGAAGGAUUCAGGGCCGGACAUACCAAAAUUCCCAUACAACUGACUACUGGGCCCCAAAUGACGACAAGCAUGUUGAGGCUUUCGACGUAGCACAUGAAUGGCUUACCAUGAUGCUCGAUGACAAGCUCUACGUCCCACCGAUUGGAGAGAACCCCCAGGCAAGUCGAAUCCUCGACAUCGGAACUGGUACCGGUAUCUGGGCAAUUGACAUGGCAGAUAAGUUCCCGUCAGCAGAGGUCAUCGGCAUUGACAUAUCGCCCACACAACCAUCCUGGGUACCACCAAAUGUCAAAUUCCAGAUUGACGAUGCACAGCUUGAUUGGAGCUUUGAGCCCGACUCUUUUGAUUUCAUCCAUAUUCGUUAUAUGCACGGUGCCUUUGACGAUUGGAAGAGAUUGUAUAGUCAAAUGUUCAAAGCUUUGAAGCCUGGUGGCUGGUUCCAACACAUCGAGCCCGACAUCCACCUGAAAUGCCAAAACCCAGCUUCAGUGGCUGAAACCGAAACCUUUAGACAGUGGGCUCAGCUGUUCUACGAUGCCGGAGACAAGGUUGGGCGUACUUUCAAUAUCACCAACGGACUCAUGCAGGAAUCCGCCCAUGCAGCAGGUUUCGAGGACAUUGUGCACAAAGUACACACCAUCCCGCUAGGUGAUUGGCUAAAAGAUUCUCGACGCAAGAGGCUAGGGCAGUUUGCUGGCUUGUAUAUGGAUCUAAGUCUGGAUGGAUUUGCGUUGUAUCCAAUCGGCCAGAUCCUCGGUUGGAGUCGUGAAGAAGUCGAGAUUCUCGUGACAAAGAUGCGGGCUAUUAUUCACAAUCCAAAGCAUCUUGGCAGUGGCGAUAUGCAAGUUUAUCAACUCUAUUUUAGUGAAGCGAGACACUAA